AUGGAAGAUCACUCGCGAUCCAUGUCACGAGCCGUCUCGACAGUCCGGUCAAGUGCAACACCUGGAUGCCUUCCCACACCCUCCCCUCCUGCUUCUUCACCUCCUCUGGCUUCAGGGGCAUCUCUCAGCCAAAGCUCGGUCGUCGUCCAACCACCGACAAUCACCGCUGCCGUCUCCAACAAUUACAAUAUCGACAGCUCUUCUCCAAGACUCUCUGAAGUCGAGUCGUCUUUUCAGGGCCUGCAUGUCUCAUCUCAGACGGGAUCCCCUUCUCAAGCCGCUGUCGCCGAGAGACACAGCAGCCCUGCAGCUCACACAGGCACCAGCUCCUCUAUCCUGCGAGUACUGAGCCAAGAAGAAGAGCUUGAUCGAAAUGGACUUGUUAUCUUGAGCCCCAACGAGGCCGAUGGGCCACUGCAUCACUAUGACCCAGAUGACGACGAAGUCGAGUCCGAGGACGACGAAGCAACUUCCGAAGAUGAAGUGGAGCUUGAUCGGGAAGAGACCAUAGGGUCUGAUAAGCGAGUUGAUACCGUACAGGGUGAAGACGAGAACGCUGAGGAAAUCGGCGACGACGAAGAAGAGGAAGAGGAUGAUGAAGAUCUCGACGAUGAGCCUGGCCCUCUUGGUGAUAACGACGAGGAGCUAUCUUUGCCACUGCCCAUCAAUCUCAGUAGUCUUGGCUGCAGCGACGCGUGCCGAUCGGAGUUCCAGAAGGGCAUCGGCAUCUACGAUGAACAGAUCAAAAGACUCGAGAGCAAGAUCCAUGAACUCAGUCUAGACAAUCACACUUUGAGAGCGGAUAUAGCCAGGUUGGAGAAAAAGCGAAACAGCCAGAACAGACACGAGCCGACAUGGCACAAGAAGCUGGACCUAUACCUUACGAACCCCACCCGCCGAAAAGCACUGACUUAUACUGACAUUUACAAGCUGUGCUGCAAGGAGGAGAAUAUGAGCACGAAGACUGGCAAUGUUCAUCCCAACUUGCGACUGAGGGGUCCUACGAACAACGAACUUCAAGCCGAUGCGCUCGAAGGUCUCGACACCCAUUCAGUCAGUCAGGACGGGGAGUCUGAGGAGAGUCGUAAUGGUCCUGAGGGACUCUUCGUGCAGGACGAUGAGCACCCCGAGGAUGUUCAAAGCUCGGAGGGCCAGCAACCACGGGCGGACCCUUAUCUUAAGGGCUUUCCUUUUCAUCGGCUGCCUGCUAAAGUACAGGCCAACAUCAUCAAAUUCGUCUUCGUUGAAGAAAGCAAGCUUAUUCAUUGCAUCACUCGUCUCGAUAGAUUCAUGCCUCCAGAGCAACCCACGCAAACAAACGCGAACAGAAGUGGUCUCCCUCGUCGCUUCCACCUUUCCGGAACAUCUUGCAAUAUCACCUACGGUAUGAAACCGAGCACUCGCCUCGCUCUGCUCACAGUCUGCAAGCGUUGGUACUACUUUGGGAUCCACGCUUUCUACGGUCUGAACACCUUCGCCUUCUCGAGCCUUGGAGAAUUUGGCCGCUUCUGCACUGGCAUCGGAGAAGCAAGAAGAGAAAGAAUCCAGCAUAUCGAAUUGCUAUGGGUUGGCAGCCAGUAUCUCACUCACAAGCCUGUCAAGGAAGGCAGAAAGGGAGCCCUCAAAUAUGUAUCCAAAAGGACAUGGGACGUUUCUUGGCUCUGCCAGCUGCCUCGUCUAAGAACUCUCAUCAUACAUAUCGACGAGAGUGGCCCGCAGUACACGCGUCGCCGUCACGAGCCCAAGGCCUACGCCGACUGGAUGGCGUCUGUCACGGCUGGCCAGCCCAAUUUCCGCAUGACGAGAUCCCUGCGAAAUCUCCAGGGACUGCAUUUCCUUCACGCACUUCGUGGAAUGGAGCUCAUCCAGUUCUACGACUACAACAUAUCCCGCCAGGAAGGUGGCCGGCAUCUAAUUCGUGAUUGGUCAUUCUUCAUGGAUAUCGAGAAUGUGACGGCCAUGCCAAAGACUGACGAUAAGGCAGAAGCCGCAAAGUUAGCCAAUUUGAUUCCGGUUCUUCCACGGUACGAGGCUUCUCAAGAGGAUGUUGAGGCGAUCAAGGGCCUCUAUCACAAGAGUCAAGCCUUUGACGCAGUGUAUGUGUCGCCGCCAGUUGUGGAAAGGGAUGGAGAGGGUGAUAUCGAGAUGGCAGACGCCGAAAGCCAGGAGCCGGUCCAGCAGCGUGCUACGGUGGCAUCUCCAGGCGGAUCACAAGCCAACGAAGGAAAAGGAGAACCAAUUGGGAGAGAUACAUUGGGACGGUCAAGCUCUACCAAUCAAUCAAAGGGUCCACGUCCUGGGAAGGGAAAGAAGGUCGCCCGAGCUAGGAAUACAACGCCCGAUAGGGACCUAGACGGAACCGAAUCCGAGGCUUCUGGCGAAGCAACCCCGAAAGCACCCACCCGCCGCGUUCGAGCGGAUACUGAGUUGACCACUUCAACGCUUACGGAAGAAAGCGUCGCGAACGUCUAUGACCGCGAAUUAUCACUGGCAGGGUCAAAUGCCAGCAACCCGAUCGACUUGGACAGCACAGAGCCACCAAAGAUGAAUAUGCGCCUAUGGCGCCUUCAACAAGAAGAUAAUUUCAACCGCGUCAAGCGCGAGCACUCCGACGUAAUGUCAAUUGGCCAUGUGUCUGCAGCCGGGAGCGAAAGAUCCUAUGGCAGCGAAAACGGCCUCUUCGUGGGCGGCUCGUCGCCGUCAAUGUCACACUAUCGACAACGCCGUGAAUCUACCGUGCUGACGGAUACCUCGCGCAAGAGAGGAUACGACGAGUUGGCAAUGCGAGGCGCCAUCGAUCUGACGACAGAGUAUGACGAUGCCAGCUUCUACACCACGGGUUUCCCAAGCUCUUCUAUGGCCACCUCCUCGCGCCGUAGCGGUAAUGAAGGAAUUUAUGGAUACAAUCCCCCCGUCAUACAACAGGAGACUGCUCACCCUAGGCUUUCCCGUCUUCACAGCGUCGGAAGCGUAGACGACUGUCCUUUCAACAAAAGACGAAGACAUUGA